AUGUCUAACAUCGAAAUCAUAUGGGGCGGGGCCUCACUCAUGGACGAAGUCGCAUAUCCGACUCUCGAAUCAAUCAACGAGAUCCUCGACAUUCUACAAGCCAAUGGCAUCAACCACAUCGAUACAGCCAAGUACUACAGUAACUCCGAGGAGCUAUUAGGAAAACUGCAUGCCGAAUCCCGCUUCACCAUUGAUUCAAAAUAUCCCGGCGGCUUUGCAUCAGAGCCUUCCACCCCAAAAUCCUUCAAUGCAAACCUGGAGCGGAGUUUGUCCCUUCUUCAAACCGACCAGCUCGAUAUCUACUACAUGCAUGCGCCCGAGCGCAGAAGCUCCAUGGAAGUCCUGCUGGGUGCUAUCGACGCAGCCCACAAGGCGGGAAAAUUCAAGCGAUUCGGACUAUCCAACUAUCUGGCCGAUGAGGUCGAAGAUGUAGUUCGCAUUUGUCGCGAAAAGAAUUACAUCAUGCCCAGUGUUUACCAGGGGAACUAUUCUGCCGUUGCACGCCGGGGAGAAAAAGAAAUCUUGCCUACGCUGCGGAAACACAAUAUCGCCUUCUAUGCUUACUCGCCCAUCGCUGGAGGAUUCUUGACUAAGGAUGUUGCGACGCUUGUUUCUGGCGGCGAGGGGCGAUGGGAUCCUAAGACCCCACUUGGUGGAGUUUACAACGCGCUUUUCAAUAAGCCGCAUAUGCUGAAGGGAUUGGGACAAUGGAACACGAUUGCUAAGGAGUCUGGGAUCUCUAAGGCCGAGUUGGCAUAUCGGUGGGUGAUGCAUAACUCGGCUCUCAACGGUGAAUUCGGAGAUGCUGUGAUUAUUGGCUCGCGGAAUGUUGAGCAGCUCAAUCAGACGCUUGUUAUAUUGAGCAAGGGUCCUCUCAGUGUGGAACUCGCAGCCAAGAUUGAUCAGGUGUGGGAUAUUGUCGAGGCUGAUUCGCCUUUGGAUACCUUUAACGGUUUCUCAAUGUAUGACAAGAAGGUCUGA